UCUAAAGAGCUUUGACGUGUUGAGAUUUACUUCAACACGCUCGUUUUCCUUUGCCAGAACCACUACAAGAGAUUAUUUCUCCAUUUCUCAAUGUUCUGAUCCAGCUGACGAGGCCGAGGCACUGAGAAGGAUGCUGAGGGCUCGUCGCUCUACCAGCCCCGUCAAGGGGGCAUCUACGCAGCGCAGUCCCACCAGACACUCACCUGUUAAAGGUGGCACGUACAAUUCAGAGCUAAUGAGGGUGUUACGAGAAAGAGAUGAACUACAAAACAUGAUGGAGAAACACGAGCGGCACCUCUCAGAGAUCCAGGUCAAUGUUAAAGUGCUCACAGCUGAACGGGACAAGACCAGAAAGCACUACCAGCAGGCUCAAGAGGAGAUAGCAGCUCUACGUCGGGAGGUCAUGAUGUCAAAGGCUGCACGAGGGCCCAAGAGCAGUGUGACUGCACAGAGCAUCCUUAAACGAGUGGAGGCCGAGCGAGACGAGGCCACAGCAGACCUCCACCGCAUGACCACAGAGAGAGACAGCCUGAGAGAGAGACUCAAGAUCUCUCAGGAGACAGCCAUCAGCGAGAGAGCUCACCUGGAGCAGAGGGUGGAGGACCUGCAGGUUGCUGUACUCACAAGUCAAAAUGGAUACCUGGAGCAGGAGCGAGGAGAACAGAGAAGCAGGCACGCUCAGAUGAGGGAGACCAUGAUGGGUCUGGAGGAGGAAGUUCAAGUACUUGAGCGAAAACUCAGUGCCAGUGAGGAAGAGCUCAGCCGCCUCAGAAAUGAAUGCAGCAGCCUCAGACUGGCAAAUAAUCAGUUGGAAAUCUCUCUGUGUGAGAAUCAGCGAAGACUAACCUGCAGGAUUGGAGAGCUACAAAACACUCAUGAGAGAAAUAAAAUGCUGGAUGAAAAGAAUGACUCUCUCCUGAUGCAGGUGAGUGCUAUGCAAGAGGAAGUGAACACGCUGCUGUGUACGGUCUCAGAGCUGGACCAGCACAGAGACUCGCUGCAGGAACAACUGGAGAAAAAGGCAGAUCUGCUCAGCUCAGCAAGUGACCAGCUAGAUGAGAAGGAGAAAACCAUUAGGAGCUUAAAACUGAGAACCGAGAAUCUUGAGACAACUCUAAUUGUGUUAUGUUCACCAUCCAGAACUCUGAGGGAGACCAUAGCUGGCAGAGAAAGAGAGCUGGAUGUUCUGAAGAGGAAGCUGUCUGACUCUGAAAGCGAGAUGGGCACAGUGAUUAAAGUCAAAGACGCCACAUUACAAGAGAACGGUCAGCUGAGGGACGACCUUGACAAAGCACGUCUGGAAAUUCAGACUCUACAGCUCAAGCUGGAUGAAGCUAAUGAGGAAAUAGAAGACUUGCAGAAAAAAGUCCAAGUUCACAUUGCUGACAUCUUACGCACUGAAGAUCUGUUGUCUGCUAAGGAGCGUGAGUGCAGAGAACUGCAAGAGUCUCGAAGGAAAGUGUCUCUUCAGAUGGAAAGCUGGGAGGAACAGGCCAGACACGCUGAAACCACUGUCAUCGAACUCCGUCUUGAGCUUCACAACUCUAACUUAGAGAUACUUCGACUCAAAGAAAGAGCAGACAGCCUGGAGAGCAGCCUGCAACAGGCACUGAGUGCAGAGCGGAGUUGUACUAGUCAGCUGUCUCAGCUGAACCGAAAGAUGAUUCACAUGGAGGAAGAUCUGCGUCAGGCCCAGACUGAGCGCACACAGGUGCAGACUGACCUGGAAAAAACACGGGAGCUCUGCGUCAAACUGGAUGUCAGCAAAGAAGCUGUGCAGCGUGAGCUGGAAUCAUGCCGCUCUGAGAUUGAGCUGUUACAGAAGCAGCUGAGCGGUGAACGUCUGUCUGUUCAGACUUUGGAGAGCUUGCUGGUGUCUUCACGAGAAAAGGAGUUACAGAGGCAGCUCACCUCUCAGGAAAGACAGACCGAAAUACAAAUUCUCAAGGACAAACUCAGCAUGGCUGACAGCAAAGUGAGUUCUCAGAGUAGGCAAAUGGCUCAGCUGAGGACACCACACCUUGCCAGUUCUCUUGAAUAA